AUGUCCCAGUACAUGCCGUACGGUGGGUUCAACUGGGUUCAACCUACGUUAAACGGAUUGGAUGAUUUGGAUGACACCUCCCCCAUAGGACGAGUGUAUGAGGUGGACGUUUCGUACCCAAGACACUUGCAUAACGGACAUAACGACCUGCCUUUCCAACCACAAAACAGCGUGCCUCGAGGCUCGAAGGUUAGGAAGUUGAUGGCGACAUUUGAGAAAAAGGAGAAUUACAUCAUACAUUAUAGGAACCUACAGCAGGCCAUUAAGAAUGGUUUGAUAGUUGAAAAAGUGCACAGAGUUAUUCAGUUUAACCAGUCAGAUUGGCUGGCUAAAUAUAUUAAGUUAAACACAGAGAUGAGGAAGAAGGCUAAGAACGAUUUUGAGAAAGACUUUUUUAAGCUGAUGAACAAUGCUGUAUUUGGGAAGACUAUGCAAUCGAAGAGGAAAGAGAUGAAGAUGGAGUUGGUGUCAUGCGAAAAGAGGUUACAGAAGUUAAUAAAUAAGAGCACAUUCAAGUAUUGUACUAAUUACAAUGAGGACCUGAACGCGGUCGCACUGGAGAACAAAAUUAUUAAAUUUGAUAAACCUAUAUAUAUUGGAUUCGCUGUGCUGGACAUAUCCAAGACGAAAAUGUAUGAGUACCAUUAUGAUGUCAUGCAGAGGCACUAUGGAGACAAAAUUAAAUUAAUGUACACUGACACAGAUUCUUUGAUAUAUUAUAUUGAAACCCAAGAUUUGUAUGUAGACUUGGCUGCUAAUUAUAAUCUGCUGGACCGGAUGGACACUGCUAACUUGCCCACUGACCAUCCGUGUUAUGUGGCAAGCAGAAAGAAGAGUCGGGGACUCUUUUCCGAUGAGGUGGAUGGUAAUGUUAUUACAGAGUUUGUUGCGUUGAGGGCCAAGUCAUACGCGUUUAAUGUAUAUGCUGGUCCAGAGGAUGAGGUUGUAAAUGACAUAGUAGGAGGAGGAGGAGGAGAAAAAAUUAAGGCGAAGGGUAUCAGAGCUCAUGUGGUUAAAAACCACAUGACUCUUGAGGACCAUAAAAAGUGUUUGUUUGGGGAAGAAGGAUUAGAGGCGUACAAGGAGAAUGUAUCGAUCAGGUCGUUUAACCACCAACUGGUUACGUUAAAAACAAAGAAGUUAACGUACAACAAUUAUGACGAUAAGAGAGUGGUGUUAGAUGACAAAAUACACACACUAGCCCAUGGGCAUUAUAGUAUAGAGGAAGAUGAACCCGAGGAUGAAUGGUCUGAACUCGACUAUGAGGUAGAUGACAUAGGGCGACGAUGGAGUAAACUGGAUAAAGAGUUUAUGAGGGAGCUUCUUUGUUACACAACUAAAUAG